AUGGUUACAUAUCCCAGAGAGUCGCUUGAGAUGUUCCGACACAACGGUCACAGACACAUGCCUUUCAUGGCUGAUGAGGACAGCGAUGUUUUUGUCGAGGAGUCCAAUGAGGACGACGAGGGCCUCGAUAUUGACAUCACCGAUGAGUUUGAGGACAAUGCGGACGAUAAGUGCAACUCUCCGUCGGACACGAAAGACAAGUCCGAAACUAAUGAAUCGGAUUGUGGAUCGACUGGAAACAAGAAGAAUCAUGUGGUCAAACCGGCCUAUUCUUACAUCGCGCUCAUAACGAUGGCUAUACUCCAGUCGCCCGACAAGAAGCUGACACUGAGUGGCAUUUGUGACUUCAUUAAGAAUCGGUUCCCUUUCUAUCGGGAGAAGUACCCGAUGUGGCAGAACUCCAUCCGUCAUAACCUCUCACUCAACGACUGCUUCAUCAAAAUUCCUCGCGAGCCGGGAAACCCGGGGAAAGGCAACUACUGGACACUGGAUCCGGCGUCCGAAGACAUGUUCGACAACGGAUCUUUCCUCAGGCGUCGUAAGCGCUAUAAACGCCAGCAAACGGAGUACAUCCGCGAGGGCUUCUGUUUGGCCGGACUCGACCCCUACGGCACCAACCGUUACAUUAAUCACCCGGCGCUCAUGAAUGGCUACCCAUUCCUACCGCCGCUUCCGCCGCCGAUUCCACUCAUGACUCCGCACGAGAUGGCUCUCCGACCGCCCAUCCAACCCAUAAACCUGUCGGUCGGCCCCACAAGCGGUCAAAUGAGUCACUCGCACGACAUGUCCAACCAAUUGAUGGCAUCGAUGGCCGACUCGCCAAACAUGACACCAUCGCCGCCGACAUCGCAAUCAGUUAUAAUGCAUUCUUCGCCGAUCUCUUCGCUGACGUCCACCGCGACUACGAAAUCAAAAUCAAACUUUUCAAUCGAUAGCCUCAUCGGUGUCAGCAAAUUGUCAUCAAAUGAUAUGAAACAGAAGUCAAUGACCAACACAUCGACACACUUUUCGCACAGUUCUCCUCACAUGACAUCCCGUAGUAAUCAGUGCUCAGAGACAAUGAUUCGGCCGCCGGUGCUCUCCAUUCCCAACAACCUAUUGACUCAAUUCGCAAGAAUUCCAAUCACUUCCUCGCCAUUCAUUGGGCCCAACGGUAACGACAUCUCCUUAAUGUUAGGCCGCAAUGACAUCAACCUAUUGCCACCAAAUGGCACCUACACUGACAUGACAUCAUCGCUGGAUAUGGAGAAGUAUAGACUACUGCUGUUUCAGGCGUCGGUCAACAAUCAGAUGAGUGCCGCGAAUCACAUGAACUUUGAACACAAGUCUAUUCCUUCAGCAAAUUGGCGAUGA